AUGAGUCCAGUAAUAAUCGUAACUGGUGCCAACAAGGGCAUCGGAUACGAAAUAUCUAAAAAGCUUAUCGCUGAUGGUGCCAAGGUCAUCAUGACUGCCAGAGAUCAAGCCAGACUUGAUGAAGCUGCUAAUAAGUUGAAGCCGUUCGGCGCUGUUAAGCUCGAUGUGACUGACGAUGCAUCAGUAGAAGAAGCGAAGCGAGAGAUAUCACGUUUGGCGCCUGCUAUUGACGGUCUAGUUAACAACGCCGGCAUCGCCUAUAGCGGUGACAUUUUCGGAUACGAAGAGGCAAAGUUGACUAUGGCAAUCAACUACUACGGCGCUAAGCGUGUGACCAAGGCUUUCUACCCCCUCCUCGGUGAACACGGUCGUAUCGUUAACGUCUGCAGCUUCAUGGGUAGGUUGUGUCAGGUUUCUGACUCCCUACAGAAGAGGUUUGCAGAUCCCAACGCCACCGAAGAGUCGAUCGACGCCCUCGUGGAAGAGUUCAUCACCGGGGUCAAGGAGGGCGAUUACAAGGAGCGGGGCUUCAGUAACAGUAUGUAUGGUAUGUCCAAGUUGGCUCUCAUCGCUUAUACUAAAAUAUUGGCCAAAAAGGCCAUGGCCGAUUCUCGCAAGAUAGUCGUCACCGGCUGCUGUCCAGGCUGGUGCCAAACAGAUAUGAGCGGUCACAGCGGCCCCCGCACUGCCGAGACCGGUGCCCAAGUGAUGGCUUGGCUAGCCGGUGAGGUCGAGUAUGAUCCCGAGAUGAGCGGCAAGCUGUAUCGUGAUGAGAAGGAGUUCGAAUGGCAGACCGGCAAUCUCCUUUCUACGGGGAAGAUGUAUUGA